ACCUCGAACUAGACCUAGACCUCAACCAUUUGUUAAUAAGAAGCUGCCUAAGAACGCGAAGACUACAUCUACAAAACCUACUGCCCCUUCAUCAGAUGGAUCGUCUGGAUCUCCUGAAGAUCCUGUACCCCCUGGAGCUACAGGAGCCGCCGGAGUUCCUGAACCUCCUGCAGCACCCGUAGCUCCUCUGUCUCCUGUAACUCCUGGAUUGGCUGGAAUGGCUGGAAUGGCUGGGUUGGCUGGAAUGUCUGGAAUGUCUGGAUCGGCCGGAUUUCUUGGAGCUCUUGGAGGUUCCGCAGUUCCUGUCUUGCAAAGUGUGGGCACCGCCAUUGGUACUAUUCAAUCGGCUGCUAGCCGCGGCGCCCGCCCUCAGCAUCAAUCUUCAUAUGCUGAGAAUCCUGAAAAUGACAAAGCGGUACAGCCAGAUGUACAGCAAGAGGCGCAGCAAGUGGUACAGCAACAGGUGCAGGAAGCGGCGCAGCCACAGGUACAGCAAGAGGCACAGCCAAAGGUACAGCAAGAGGCACAGCCACAGGUACAGCAAGAGGGACAGCCACAGGUACAGCAAGAGGCACAGCAAGAGGUGCAGCAACGGGUACAGCAAGAUGGAGGCACAGUCAGCGCAGCAUCAUCACAGACAGAUUCUUGAAGUUUUGCGGUACGACGAUAAAAAUGCAAAA